GAAAGAGCGGUGUUGUUUCAACUGUUGGUGUGUUGACAUUUUAGGAAGUUAAAAUUUGAUAUUACGUUAUUUAUUAUGGAUCAAUGCAAAACUCCAGAAAUGCAAAAACUGAGAAGUGUAUUGCAGUGUGAUAAACUAGUGAUCCCGGAGUCGCCGCAAAUGGACAAACUUGGUUAUGGCACAGGUGUAAGUGUAUACAGAAUGAAACGUUCCCCAAAGGUCGGUAUGUAUCAAUCUCCUUGGGCAGUUAAAAGAGUAUUUCACACUUACAUGGGUAGUACCUAUUCAGAAAGACUGACAAGUGAAGCCAACAUCUUAAAGAAGUUAAACCACCCAAAUAUCGUGGGCUUUCGUGCAUUUGUUAAGGCCGAGGAUGGCCGAGAUUGCCUGGCAAUGGAAGAGUGUGACACUUCUGUUGCUGAUUUGAUCGAGAUGCGUUCUGAAGACGGCCUAGGACCAUUUCAAGCUGAGAAGAUUCUGAAAGUUGCUUUGGACAUUGGAAAAGCACUCGACUAUCUGCACAGAGUGUGCCAUCUUUUGCAUGGUGAUAUUAAAUCUCUGAAUAUCCUUGUGAAAGGUGAUUUUGAAAUAGUGAAGCUGUGUGACUUUGGUGUUUCGGUGCCAUUGAACGCAGACGGCGUAUUAGAUACUGAUGAUGCAGAUGUAGAAUAUAUUGGUACCUCUAACUGGGCAGCCCCUGAAGCAGUGUGUAGUGAUGGUCCAACUCCUAUUACAAACAAAGCUGAUAUAUUUUCAUUUGGUCUGGUACUAUGGGAAAUGAUUACACUCAGAACACCACAUUGUGAUGAGUCAUCAGUGGAAGAAGUUGAUACAUCUGAGGUGGCAGAGGAAGGUGCAUCUGAUGAUACAUCUUUCAUGUCAUCACCAGACACAUCUGUGUCUGCCAUGAUUGGUCUGAAAUGUGGGACUAGACCACCAUUACCAGACAGUCCACUGGGUGAAGAAUAUAUACCAGUGAUAAUGCUCUUCAAUUCAUGCACUGAGGAAGAUUUCAAGAAACGACCAAGUGCUAAAGAAAUUGUGGAGCAGUUGGAAACCUUAAGCAUUUCAUUGUAGUUUCUCAACGCUUCAGAAAACAUCGAUACCAAGGUCGCGUGCUGGAUUAUUUUGACUCUCGCAAGAGUUGGUAAGUUUUCGAUUGGUGUUUCUUUGUCUUUUUCUACAGUUCUUUCUAUUUCUGAAAAUAAUGACAGUAUACGUAUUAAACCAUCUUGAAGCAAAUGAGAAUAUUACUACAUCAGAUCUGUGUGUCUCAUUUUACAUUUUACCCACCUUUGAUAUGGCUGUGAACCUGGAUUAUGGUGUGGGAAAUGAAUCCCUUUCUGUCUUCGACUCCUGAAUUGCUUGCUGCAAAAUCAUAAACAAACCUCUUACGUUUGUGAUCCGUCUAAUGAAAUUGGCAUUAAGGAACAAUGUGAAUGAUGUAAUGUAGUAUGUCUGUAAAGUUAUGUUGUGCUUUUAAAGCUUUGAUACUUUGCAACAAUUAAUGCUAGAAACAUGAACAAAAUAUGAUACGAAAGAGAAACUGUGAAAGCGUAUCUGUGUUGCCGAUGUUCCGGGUUGUAACACCAUGUGGGCCUGUUGGUAGAUACCAGUGUUUUUCAGGGCAUUACAACCUAGAUGACCAAUACUGUUUCAAGAAAUGAAAAGCACUCAUUGAAUACAUUCUAUCAGAGAUGUUAUUUAAUAUUUUCAUGAAUUGUUUUACAACUCAUCCAACAAACUUAUACACAUCAGACACAAAUGGGUAUCUGGAGAUGUGUAUUUACAGACAUAUUACGCAAAGAACAAAUUUACGUACGUGAUUCAUCACAGUUUCUUAAAAGUUUACUGAUACAAAAAAAAAUUAUUUAGGAUCAAAUCCAGGACCCCCCCUCCCCCACAGUACAUAUCUGCAAGCUCAUUGCUUGGCUACCAUGUCUCUUGACCAUAAAAGCACCUUUUCUGCGUACAUAGCAAAGGGAGACAUUUCGAAGCUUAUAUUUCAGAUUUCAGGAACCAGGGCCCAACACACAAAAUACUGGGACACAUGCAAAUUAGUUUUUGUCAACUUUGGAAUCUACUCGUUCGCAAGUGUCCUCUGUCGAGAUGGAUCACAGUAAAUUAUCUUUCUUGUAUAACUGAAAUGGAAUCAAUGUCUCGCCCCACACUGACAUUCAGAAUUUUUUCAGAGUUAGUUAUUCUGACAGAUUAUUACUUUUUAGAAGUUCAGGGAAAAAAUAUUUUGAAGUUUUAUUGCACUUUGGUAAUUAAUUUUUUUAAAAAGUAGUUUUGCGUGUGCUUUCUCAAACUCCUGGUAUUCACGCAUUCCCAUUCACACGUGCUUCAAAAUAGGCAGUACACAUGAAGACAAUAUAAAAAGUUUUGUUUUUAAACAACUGUAAUAAUUCUGAUUGCACUUCAUUUUUAUAUAUUGCAGUCUCCCAAUUUAUAGGUUAAAUAUCCCCAACACAUAUUCUAUGCUUGGAUAGAACUGUGUUAAGUAGAUAAAGAAAAAUCUACAUUACUUACUAGCUCUGCCUCGAGGUAAUGAAAGAAUGAUACUGUUGAGUUUCUUAAUUUCCUCAGUAUUGGUGUUAAUGUUGUCAAUUUCAAUUCGAAUUUUCUCCACCUACAUGUACAAAAUUUAUACCCACAUUAAUCAGUGACAUUUUAAGUAGGGAGAGAAACAUGAUGUUCCUGUGUUUGAAGUUCUCAUGUCAGUGAGGAUGACGAUUAAUAUUCUUUGAUUCACCUUCAGAAGUAAUUAAGUCGUAAUACAACUGUCAAAACACGAAGCAGGAAUAUGUAUUGCUCAGAGCACUGUGUUAUACCUUUAUUUGAAUUUAAUGUGUGUAAGCAUCCUCUCCUCUCAUUUAAUGCUGAGUAAUAUUUGCAGAUGAUAGAGGAUAAUUAAGUUGCUCGCAUGCAUGUAAUUUUUAUUGGUGAUUGUUAGUCAGCAUUUUACCAGAGUCAAGAAAUUGCCUAUAAUAUUGCAGUAUGGAAACCAGGCUGUUUAAAACUGACCUUGUCAAGGAACUGAGUGAUUUCAUUUGACUUCUUGGCUAAAUCAAUACAAACUUUAUCUACACUGUAGCUCUUGGAGUGCAGAGCCUGGAAAAAUAUAUGUAUUAGCAACAUCAGCAAAGACCAUACAUAAUGUAAUUUCCAUAAGGUAUUAAAGAAUUACAUUUUGAUAUUGGAACAUUGGUGUCUAGAAACAUGUGAAAGGGAGGGAUAUAUUAUGAUGAAUACUAUGUGAUGUCUGCCUGUUUAGUUUGGUUAUCUGUUAAUGUUAUUACAGUAGUUGACCUUGAACAUUUUGAGGUUAAGUUGAGCUACAGUGGGGCAAGAGGAAACAUACAGAACCUUCUGGGAAACAUUUUCACGAAGUUAAAGGUGGAAAGGCAGUAUUGGACUGUAUCUUCAGAUGAACUAGCUCAUGAUAAGGUCAAACACCUGAUUUUGUGUGUUAUGUAAAAUACCAAGAGAUGUAAUUAGAUAGUUUAUAAUGUACUGUUAUACAUUGUAGCUUACAAAUAUUAACAGCAUGGUUAACUAAAAAAAAUGCUUUCAAAUCUCCUGACCAAUCAGUUGUAUGUUAGGCUUUGGUUGUCUUGAUUUUGAGACAUUUCUAAAUGCUACACACGUCGGAUAUAUAAACUUUAGAUCUUUUAUGUGGUGUAGUUAGUGAAGAGUUCAAAUAAAAAGUAUAAUUUACUUAUUA